AUGAAUAGAUGUAGUUUUAUAAUUUGUCAUUCAGAAACACAUCUGUCUCUGAAUGCGAGUGUCAUUUUGGGCAUUGUAAGUUUGUAAUAAAAUUGGUUUGGCUUCUAGGAUAUAUGCCUGUUAUCAACUGGAAAAGAGGGUGUUUCCAGUUGAAAGGGACCUAAAGGGGAAAUUUUAAGCCAUGAAGCGCUGUGGCUGAAUGUGAGCCAAAUACAGGAUUACUUCCUGAACUACCACCAGUUCUGCAACAAACAAAAGGACAAAAUCUUAAUGCACCACUUCAACAGGGCAAAACCCCUAACUUUAUGGCACCUCGGCCUGCUCCAAAGCCAUUUAUGCAAGGUCCAGGUUUUUAUAAACCUAGUAAAGCUUAUAAACUAUCCAUACCUGUAAAUCCACAAAACAAAGCUUCAAAACCAGUUGCAAAAGCACUCCCUCAAGCAGUGACUGCACCAGAAUCAGCUCUCAGUUCUCAGACAAAUUCUCCUCUAACAUCACAAACAGUUGCACUACUAGAGCAGGAAAAAGUCCUGUCAACGGUAACUCUAGUGGCACCACAACCAGUUACGCUACAAGUCAGUAUUUCUGAACAGAUGCCUCUGAUGCCAAAUGCAGCUGUUCCUCAAAUAACUCCAGAGAAGCAACAAACCAAGAUUCAGUCCGACCCAGCUUUGCCUCAAAUGAAGAAUCCAUCCACAGCAAAUCCUGAAAACAGAAGCCUGGAGGCUUUGCACCAAGGUCCUGAGAUUGAUGGACAGAAACCAAUUGACCAAUUUGGUAUCCCCUUCAUCUGUUUUUUGCUGUUUUUGCCUUUGAGUAUCCCAUGGGCUGAAGUCGAGUGGUGGAUAGGAGUGGUUCAUUAUUUGGCUUGUCUCUCUCCCACCGUUUGUUCAGUCUUCUACCAUCUCUUCAUGAACCAUGAGGGUGGAGCACCUAUUUAUGACACACUGCUGUGCUUUGACAUGUUUGGUGUCUGUCUCGUCAACACUCUUGGUGCUCUGCCAAUCAUUCACAUAACUUUGUUGUGUUACCCAUCCUCCCGGCGUGUGGCGAUGUUGGCAUAUCUCCUGCUCUCUGGCUACGGUGUUCACUGCGCUGUCUCUGCUCAGAGUAAUGUGCACCGCCUGCAAUCUUUCGCCUGGCAGGCGAUCUUCCGCCUGGUUCUCUUUGUGUUGCGUCUGACGGGUGCAGGCAGAGGUAGCCCCACAUCCCUUCGCCUCUACCUCACCAUGGAUACUCUUGCAUUGCUAGGAGGACUAAUCAAUAUUUCCCGCCUUCCAGAGCGCUUCAGUCCUGGACGGUUUGACUACUGGUUUAAUAGUCAUCAGAUUAUGCACAUCAUGGUCGUCCUGUCCAUUGUGUACUUACAUUGGGGCAUGCUGGAGGAUUUAACAUGGUUAAAGGGAUAUCACUGUCCAGGUGAAUAAAA